UAAGGUACUGCUCAAAAGAAUGUCAACGCUCGCACUGGCGCAUGCACAAGAGAGCCUGCGCAGUUGGCAGCACCACCCGGCAGGAGCUGGCUGAGACCAAUCCGCAGGCUCACGACGAAAUGACAGCCAUCGGCAAGUGGCUUACGUACUGGCGGUCAACGCUGUUCGAGUACGGCUUGUAUGCCAUGGACUUGGCAAACCAUCCGCCAGAGAGGCUGGCGACCCAUAUUGCGUUCGUUGAAUUUAUAUUCGGGGAACCGAGAGGGCGACAUCGGUUGCUGCAGAUGCACGCUGCAAUGGUUAUCCCACGCGAGCGCUUUAUCGACAUGAUGCAAGAGCAAGGCGUCACGAAAACAUACGUUGACGACAAUCGCGGGCCUGACGUCUUGCAGAUUACAUUUGUUGUCAACGGACAUAUACGCACGCUCUGGGCGGCCAUCGGCGAUCUUGAGUCUUGGCGAAACGAAGACAAGGCGAUAUCGCGCCGUCGGGCGCAGCAGUGGGCCGAGGUGCUAAGUGAGAAACUUGAGCGUGGACGGCCGUCGAUUAGCAAUGAAUUGUAACAUACCUGAGUCGCA